AACUCUCGUGAUCUCUCACACUUUGUCAGCGACAUUUAUACGAUUGUAACUCGUAAAAUCUUUUAUAAGGUCGUUUCAGAGUUUUGACAGUGAGCGCGUGAACUCACGGCGGAACUAAAGAUCGCUCGAUGUCGUUUCUGAGGGGAGGAACAUUCGGUGCAGCACCAGAGACCGCCGUGUGUUUACAUUUGAACUUUCUGCAGAUCUGCAGAGAUGUCCACCCUCUUCCCGUCUUUGUUCCCACGUGUGACCGAGUCUCUGUGGUUUAAUCUGGACCGUCCGUGUGUGGAUGAAGCCGAGCUGCACCAACAGGAGCAGCAACACCAGACGUGGUUGCAGAACAUCGCAGAGAAAGACAAUAACCUGAUGCCCAUCGGGCGGCCCAUAUUUGAGACCUUCGACGAGGAAGAGGAGGAGGAUGACGAAGAUGAGGAGGACAGCGAGGAAGACUCAGAGGAUGAUGAAGACAUGCAGGACAUGGAUGACAUGAACAUCUACAAUGAGUUUCCUGAUGAUGGAGAAAUUAAUGAGGUCGACAUGGAAGGAGCCGAUCAAGACCAGGACCAGUGGAUGAUCUAGACCAGAUCUGUCAACCAGACGCGUCGUUUGUGAUGGGAAGAAGCGUCCGUAUGCAGCUGAAUUACUCAACUGACUGUUAUUUUUACAUGUCUCACACACACACAAGAGUUUCAGCUCAAGUGUUCAGUGUUACUAAAGAACCGCUCUCUGUAUUUCUCAGAAACACAGCACUUGUCGCAACAUGAACUUUUGUAACUUUGUAGAAAGUGUUUAGUAACUCUUUGGCCAAUCUAUAGAGCCACUAAAGUUACUGAGUUACUCGCCAUUUCUGCUUAUCAUCCAAACAUGUGUCAGGUGUCAGACGUGUCAUGCGUCAGGUCUAAUUUAUAGCUCAGAACGGGUAAAUCACCGCUGCUGUUUGUAUCAUAAUAUUUCUUUGUGGUUGUAAAUAAAUUUGUAGUCAAUUAUU